AAUUGCCGCAAAAAACGUUUGUUUUGCAAAACAUAUUACCCGAAAGGAAACUCCGUCAUUUUUUUAAAGUAUUCUGCGUGGCAUACACGGGGUUUUUAUCUUCCAAAUCCGCGAAUGGUAGGGCACGGAGCCGCCGAGGUGUCGCCGGAGAAGACGAAGUGGGGGCGGAUAGGGAGGCGCCAGGGGCUGCUGGCAAUGGCGCCCGUCGGGACCGGCGCCGGCGGCUGCGGCUGCGGCUGCGGCUGCUCAUGGGUUCUGAUCUACGACCAGGUGGUGCCUUCAGGGACGUCGCGCCGUCGGCGGUGGGUGCCCCUGCUCCGCAUAGAGGCCGGCGGCGCCAGGGAGGCUGCUGCUACAGGAAUAAUUUGUGACAGCAAUAUCUACUGAUUUUCGUCCCCUUUAUGAUUGCUGGAGGUUGAGCUUCAAGGACGGGUUUGCUUCCCAUAUGUUUCUUAACGCUGAUGCUAUUUUUAAGCACCAUCCUUUUUCUUUAAUUUGUAGCAUUCACCAGAAUUUUUACUAUAUCCAAUUCAAAUUGCUAGUGUAAAACAUAAAACUGUCACAUUGCUCCAUAGAACUCUCAUUGCUAAACAUGAUAUAUAUGACAAUACUAAACUUUUUGUUGAAUAGAUUCCAGACUGCACUCUGAGCAGUUUUCACCAUCUCAUUCAUUGUUUUUGGUUGGUCACGUAUUCAUGUUCUGUAGCUUUGUUCUAUCUUCCAAGAGUUACUUUUUAUUCAAUAAUAUCCUGUCGCAACGGUGGAUCUUGACGUAAUCUACAGUGGCUGGUACAUGUUGAUAUCAUGAAAUUGCUUUCAAGUUUCCGCCUUCCCUUUUCUUUUGAGAAAGAAUAUUGAUGAUGCUCUACAUUACGAAUUUGGAGAAAUAAGGUUAAGUAAAGAAAAAAGGGAGAAGAAAUGGCCCAAACUUUCUUGCCCAACCUCAUCUCUGUGGACUGUUGCUAACACUUUACCU